UCGAAACGCAAACUACGCUUUUUUGUAAGCUGCGCAUAUUGUUGCAAAAACAGGUAAAAUUGUUACCAAAUUUAUAUAUUUUAUAUUUAAUAAACCAAACUAUUUGACUCUUGGUCAAAUAUAAUUCAAAUUCUAAAAUUAAAGUGUUUUAUUUUGGUUUUCUUUUAUUUACAUUGGCGUAAACAUUGGUCUCUUCGAGCCGCGUAUUGAGUCGGUGUUGUUGGAGCCACUUCUAAUUGGUUUGUUUGCUCUUUUUUAAACAGCAAAACAAAACAUCCCCCCUACAGUCCUUUCAUCAUCAAUCCACUUUCCUACUCAUACAUUUGAUCUCAUCAAAAACCAGUAUCAUGGAAAAAUUAUCUUUCUUUGCUGAUGAUGGACUUAAGGACUACGACGAGCUGCUAGAGGUGAUUGAUAGAGCGACCGCUUCGCCUGCUCCCAGUUCUGCCGCCACCAUCAAAUUGCCGCCUAUUGUACAUGAGGCUAUGGACCUGGUGGAAAAUGAGGCGGUUCCCAAUCCUCCGGCACUGGCACCCCCGACCGACAAACCGAUGGAGUCUUCUACCCUGACUUUGUCAAGACCGGCUGUUUCGGAGUCGACAACAUUUGGUUGCAAUUUGUGCAACGGGACACAUCCCCUUCGCUUUUGCGAAAAGUUUUUGGGCAUGCCGAUUGAAAAGCGGCACAGGGCAGUAGUAAUGUACCACUACUGCAUACGAUGUCUGGCACGGUCCCACCUGGCAAAAGACUGUCCCAGUCGAAAAAGCUGUCGUCUUUGCAACGACAAACAUCAUACGCUGUUACAUGAUGGUCCGCUAAGCCUUCCGCAUAGGCCAAAUUCCCGUCCUGCUCGUAAGCAUCGUCCGUAUCAGAAGCCCAGGGUCCGUCCGAAUAAUCGUUCCGAUACCCGUCCGUCUGCUGAUACAGGUCCGUCCAACUACUCCAAUUCCACUCCCUUAGGGGGGCUGCCACUUGUUGGUGUGGUCUCGCUCUCCCCAAGCCUUGUAGUACACUUAGCAGGUCCUAAGUCGUCUAUUCCCACCGUGGACUGAUAGAUCAGUGUGGCAGACAAAGUCAAAUAUGCACAUCAUUGGUACACAGUCUUCGGCUGCCCUGCUUUACCGUUGACAGUAUACGCUAUUGCCGUUUCACUGUUCGUUCGACUCACGAUUCAGCACAGUCAGUGGUAGUGAUGGCGCGAGUCUGCGAUUUGUCACAUGUCUCGACUCCUCCAGAAACGGUGCCGGAGAGGAUUAAAGAGUCGUACCUUGGUCUACCACUUGCGGAUCCGCAAUUUUUCAAAGUGGGACGGGUGGCGCUGAUAUUGGGUCCGGAAUUGUAUUCCAAAAUAAUGACCAGUCGGGUUCAUUUGUUUGUCGGAUUGCCAAUGG